AUGACUCUGUUGUUCUUGUGGCUCCUAUCUCCCUCUGUCUCCAGCCUCACACAUACCCCCUCCCAGAUCCCAGAUUACCCCCUCUCAGCCUCACAAUGUGUUCUGCAGAAUGACUUUGAGCCUGUGUUCAUGGCUGAUGGAGAUUAUGUAAUUGGGGGUAUCUUUCCCUUGCACUACAACCAGGAAAUGCCGGACAUCAACUAUACGUACCGACCAGCAGCCGUCAAGUGCAAUGGUUUUGACCCGAGGGCUUUCCGCUGGGCUCUUGCCAUGAGGCUGUCGGUGGAGGUGAUCAAUCAGAGUGGGAAGCUGCUGCCCAACCACACGCUGGGCUACAAGAUCUUUGACUCGUGUGCAUAUCCUCUAACGGGGCAGAGGGCUGCUCUGUCCGUGCUAAAUGGACCGUUCCAGGCUCAUGCGCCAAUGUGUUCCAGUGCCUCUCCUCUCUUGGCUGUCAUUGGUGAAUCUGGUUCUGCUCAGUCAAUUGUUGUGUCCAAAAGUCUACACCCCUUUAGAAUACCAAUGAUCAGCUAUUUCUCAUCGUGUGCGUGCCUCAGUGAUAGGACGAAGUACCCCAACUUCUUCAGAGUGAUUCCAAAUGACGACUACCAGGUGAAAGCUAUGGCCCAGCUUCUCUUGCGAUAUGGCUGGCGCUGGGUCGGGGUUGUGCGUGGGGACCAUGCGUAUGGCCUUUUCGCCCUCCAGGGCCUGCUGAGGGAGCUGAAGGGGACAGGCGUGUGUGUGGCAUACCAGGAGAUGAUCCCCCUGCUCUACAACCAGCAAAAAGCUCUGGAGAUCAUAGAGGUGAUGCGUAGCUCCACAGCCAGGGUGGUGGUGGUGUUCUCUGCUGAGGGGGAGAUGACACCAUUCCUGAAGGACUACAUGGAGCAGAACGUGACAGGGAUCCAGUGGGUGGCUAGCGAGGCCUGGGUCACUGCCUCCGUAUUCACCACCAGCAAGUACUACACUUACCUCGGAGGCACAAUCGGCUUUGGGAUCAGGCAAGGCCAAAUCCCGGGUCUCAGGGAUUACCUGCAGAUGGUUAACCCUGUGAGGCCCCUGCUGCCCCCCUGCUCAGGACAGGAGGCUAUCCUUGAUCAACAUUCAGCCUACAUGAAUACCUCCAGCCCCAGAGUGACCUAUAAUGUUUACAAGGCUGUGUAUGCAAUCACCCACUCCAUGCACAACCUCCUCUACUGCCAGCCUGGGACAGGGCCCUUCCUCAACCACUCCUGUGCUAACAGCAACAAUGUAUAUCCCUGGCAGCUGCAGCAUUAUCUACAAGAAGUGGACGUUUCUAUCGCUGGAGAGACGAUAAAGUUUGACUGGAAAGGGGAUUCCAUCCCGUACUAUGACAUCAUCAACUGGCAGAAGGGCUCUGGUGGUAACAUCGAGUUUAUAACUGUGGGUGUGUUCGAUGGAACAAAGGAUCCUGGGAAGGAGCUGGUGAUCCAGGAGGAGAAGAUAGUGGUGGUCUCCGUGUGCAGUGCCAGCUGUCGUCCAGGAUUCAGGAAGGCUGUCCGUCAUGGGGAGCCUCUGUGCUGCUUUGACUGUGUUCCAUGUGACGGUGGCAAGAUUAGUAAUCAGACAGAUUCUAUAGACUGUGAAGCAUGUCCUGAAGAUUAUUGGUCCAAUGCUGAUGGAACAUUGUGCAUCCUUAAAGUGGUGGAGUUCCUUUCCCAUGAUGCAAUGGGGAUAGCCCUGAUGGUGAUAGCUGUAGUUGGUGCCUGCCUGACGGCUGCUGUCCUGGGGGUCUUUCUCCAUCACAGGACCACUCCCAUUGUCCGUAUCAACAACUCUGAGCUGAGUUUCUUUAUCCUGCUCUCCCUGACUCUGUGCUUCCUGUGUGCUCUUGUCUUCAUUGGUGAGCCCACCUCCUGGUCCUGCAUGCUUCGCCACACUGCCUUCAGCAUCACCUUCUCCCUCUGCAUAUCCUGCAUCCUAGGCAAGACUUUGGUGGUCCUGGCUGCCUUCACUGCCACCAGGCCUGGGGACAACAUCAUGAAGUGGCUGGGGCCAAAACAGCAGAGAUUUAUCAUAAUCUGCUGCACCCUGGUUCAGGUGCUGAUCUGUGCUGCUUGGCUCAUCGCUGCCCCACCCUUCCCCAUCAAGAAUACACAAGCCUAUCAUUCCAAGAUCAUUCUGGAGUGCAGUGUGGGAUCACAACUUGCCUUUUGGUGUGUUCUGGGAUACAUCGGCUUCCUGGCUUGCUUAUGCUUUAUCUUGGCCUUUUUGGCCCGAAAACUGCCGGGAAACUUCAACGAGGCCAAGUACAUCACCUUCAGCAUGCUUAUAUUCUGUGCAGUCUGGAUCUCCUUCAUCCCAGCCUAUGUCAGCUCUCCUGGGAAGUACACAGUAGCUGUGGAGAUCUUUGCUAUUCUGGCCUCCAGCUUUGGCCUACUGUUUUGUCUGUUUGCUCCAAAGUGCUACAUCAUUCUGCUGAAGCCUGAGAAGAACACUAAACAACAUCUUAUGUUAAAUAAAAAAUAG